UAUUAAAUAAUUAGGCCUAUUAUAACAUUGCAUUCAGUUACAGAGCAAAGGAAUGACAACAUAACUGGCACAUUAUUUGUUUUGUAUUGCUUUUUACCUUCUUCUCUCGAAUUUUUUUUAUUAAAUUCGGGGAAUUUUAUGUUAUUCUUUUUAGCGUUUAUUUUAGGCUAUAAAACACAGGCGGCGGUGUCUUAUCCUGUUGGUGAUUGAUGUAAAAUAAACGCUAAAAAGAAGACUAUUUUGUGAGUGCGGAUCAUGGUCUCAUAGGCUACUAUGAAAAAUAAUGUUUAAUAAACACAAAUUAAUCUGCCGGUGGGGGCGGGGCCACAAAUCCGUGAGUUUACAAAUCCGAGGGAAAGGAUUGCGAAAGCGUGCUCACGGAUUAUGAAUUUGUGGGUACGGAUUCAAAAACCGAAGGUACGGUUUACAAAAUCUGAGUGCACGGAUUGGAAAUUCGUGCGUACGGUUUAUUAAUCCGUGGGCACGAUUUGUUAAACCGAGGGAACAGUUUAAGAAUUCCUGAGUACGAACUGAUUGAAACCGUCGGCACGGAUUGUAUUUUUUUCUCCUACAGGUGACCUCCCGAGCUCCGUACUUUUCCAAUGAGGGGGAAAGGACUGUUUUCCCCCACGCCGACUCCGCCCACACAGCUAUGACGCGACACCGAACAAGUAUUAAAGUUGCCAUGCUUUACUUUCGCUAACCAAAAGAAAGAUGUUCAGUCUGUGUAAGGCUCUACAUAAACAGUUUUACUUGUCCCACAUCCUGACUGUGGUUGGAAUUCAACGUCAAAAUCACACGACAGUCGAUGCAGUAGGUCACCAGGCACAAAAAAAACUGUUUUACAAUCCCCAGUUAACCUGUGCAGAAGUAACAAUGGAUUCACAUUGUGUGGGUGAACUUGAUGGACUGACCUUCUAUCUGGCCAAACCAGAGGAUUACGAUGACGUGAUGGCCAUAUCACAAGACAUAUAUGGUGGCAAUGAUUACCUGCCUCAUCGCUAUCACUACUGGAUGACUGAGCCAGGAAGAGUGGUUAUUAUAGCACGAAGAGGAAAGAAGCUGGUGGCUCUGGAGUCAGGCCUGUUGGUUGAUGGAGGAGAAACUGUAAUAGGUGAAGGAUUAAGAGUGUGUCCAAAGGAAAGGGGCUGUGGUCUAGCUGGAGUGAUCCUGAGAUUUGCUGAUGGCUACAUAAAGAAGGUCUACCCUAAUGUGAAGACCAUGCGCUUCACCAGAGGAGACGACCCAAGGCCCGAAAAACUGCGCAAGUUCACACUUCUGGCCAGACGGUCCGUUCUCUCUCUACUGGGGGAUUCUGAAGGUUUUAAUAGCUUUGUCUCAGGUCUUCAGGAAAAACUGGUUGUGUCAGAUGAGACCAACAGCAGCCGUCCUUUAGUGCCAGUAAAGGACUUGGAUGCUCUUAAGGCCUUUCUAUUUGAUUCAGAUUUGUCAUCUAGACUUCAGCUUCCAGGGGGCGCUAUCAUCCAGGACUGGGAGCCCUUGAAACUCAUGGAGAGUAACCUUCACAUCUUGGCAAGGCGAAACCUGACAUGGUUUGUAGAUGGUUCCGGUGGGAAACCCCUGUUCAUGAGCUUCCACACACCUCCAUAUCCUAUUCCGUAUAACGGAGGGUCUCUAUGCUUUAAUAUUGAUCUGUAUGGGAUGGAGACGACUCUAGCAAAGAAGGCACUAACAACACACCUGAACAGUGUGAAAAGUGAGAUUCAAGGCUUGGUUUUGGUUCAUAUUUAUAUGCAUCAGACUCUAUGGAAAGAUUUAAAGCAGUUUUGUGAGGGCCAUGAUACCGUGAAGCAGUCAAAGAAUUUUUGGGAGCAGCUGUUUUUGGAAAAAGAGCUAUAAUGACAUCUAAAGAGGAUAGAGAGAAGAAAAAGAUGCCAGCGAUAAAGAAAGAUUACAUUUUUUGGUGAUUGAAGUUGUAUUAGCCAAAAAUUGAGUUGUCGAAUUUGCUUAAACAAACUAUUUGUUCAUCCAAUUAAAUCAGUUUAAGAUACAGUACAACAAUAUUGUAGCACUUUUGUAAUUUGUGCCUGAGUGAAACAAACUCUGUGAACUCAUUACUUAACAGAUGUUGAUGUCAGAAACAUGAAGCAUGUAUUUGUUUCUCCAUGCCUCAUGAGUACAGGAUGAUUCAUAAAUUGAAAGUUUGAAAUGAAAAGCACUUUAAACUGAUUGUGUUAAAAAUGUAAUGUUUAAUAUAAUAAAUUUAAAGGAUGGCUUUUUAUCAAUGUUGAAAACAACUGUGUUAUUUGUAGAAACAGUGCACUGUAAAAAAAACAAAAUAAAAUAAAAAAUGCUUCUGCAAUCAGUUAUAACACCAUACAAUUUGUUGAUAACUUCAAUGUCAAACUUAAAACUAAAGGUAAUGAAACCCUAAUUAACUACAAUUAAUUUUAAUCAAGCACAAAGACUUACUUUUUAAAGUUAAAACAAUGCAUUACUUAUUCUAAUGUUGAAUUUUAAGUUUUGAUAGUCUGUUGAUAGUUUUGAUUGAAUUUGAGUUGAAUUAAUUUCUUUAAAACUUAAACUGACCCCAAACUUGGUAGUAUAUAUAUAUACAUAUAUAUGUGUGUGUGUGUGUGUUCUAAUGAACACUUUACCGAGAUCAAAUCACUGUGGCCGCUAAAGGGCAUUGAUUAGAAUGCCAACACAAAUUGCAAAUUGUUCUCGUCUUCAGAUUUAUUAAAG